AUGGAUGGACUGACUGAUGCAUUCUACUGCUGGGAUUUAUCAGCCCCCGGAUUUAACCAGCUGCUCAACAUUAUAUGCCCCAAAUAUCUAACCAGAGAGGAAGCGGACGAGAUCAUGCGUCAGUUUGAUGAAAUUUGGGUUGAUGACAAGCAGGUUUUAUGGAGCGGCGUCGAUCAUGGCAAGGCCGAAGGAUGGGCAAAGCAGCGCGGAAUGCAAACGCUCACUUGCACCAUGGGGCCCCUAAUGAACGAGAACGAUCCAAAGUGCAGGAAGCUCUACAAAACGAGCGUAAAAUGGACGAAAUAUAUGAAGGGUGUUUCCGCGAUCUUCGCCUGGAAGAUUGCCCAAGGCCACACCACCACCCUCUUGACCCCUCCUCCGCCUGUCCGCUUUCACCCAUCUGGAUUGACAAACUACCAGGACAUUGAAGAACCGAUUCUCAAAGGAGCUGUCAAUGAAUAUUGCGUUAGCAAGAUUACUCUGAUCCAUCCUGAGGUUGAUGGAGCCGAGGACACGGCCUAUGAAUACUGGCCUAAGGACCGUGUGGCUAAGUGUCUGGCGAACAAUAAGUCCCAAGAGGCGUAA